UGCUAAAUGUGCAACAACGACCACAAUUCACUCCUUCAGUCAGUGAAGCUCCCACAGCCGUUCAUGAGAGUUUAAAUGCUGGGGAAUAUUCCCAUCUUCCCACAGGAGAAGAAGAAGCAAGCAGGAGGAAUUACUCCAGGAGAAACUACGGACAUACUAUUGUAAAGAUGGAGAUUAAGGAAGAACCCUGCAGAAUAAAAGAUGAAGAUACAGAGGAACAAAUAGAUGGAAAUGCAGUCGUUUCAAAGACUGAAGAGAAUUGCACACAGAAACAAGCUGGAAAAUCUGGAGUCAAAGGAUCUUUAACCUGUUCUGAGUGUGGAAAGAGUUUUGUAUGUAAAUCAACCCUGAACACACACAUGAAGAUUCACACUGGAGAAAAGCCUUUUACAUGCACUCAGUGUGGAAAGAGUUACUCAUCCAAAAGCGUUCUCAAAGAGCAUCUGCGCCGUCACUCUGGAUUGAAAUCAUUCAGCUGUGAUCAGUGUGAUAAAACAUAUGUUUAUGAAUCAGGCUUAAGAGAACACCUUAAAGUUCAUACUGGUGUGAAGCCUCACUUUUGUUCUUUAUGUGGAAAGAGUUUUUCACAUCUUGGAUCUUUAAAAGGGCAUGAACGUAUUCAUACUGGUGUAAAACCUUAUGUGUGCUCUCACUGUGGAAAGAGUUUUUCACAUCUUGGAUCUUUAAAAGAGCAUGAGCGUAUUCAUACUGGUGUAAAACCUUAUGUGUGCUCUCACUGUGGAAAGAGUUUUUCACAUCUUGGAUCUUUAAAAGAGCAUGAGCGUAUUCAUACUGGUGUAAAACCUUAUGUGUGCUCUCACUGUGGAAAGAGCGUCACUACAUCCAGCCACUUAAAAUCACACCAGAGAGUUCAUACUGGAGAGAAACCGUACAAGUGUUCACACUGUGGAAAGAGUUUCUCUCAUUUAGGAAACCUGAAAGUUCACGAGAGUAUUCAUACUGGAGAGAAACCGCACCAGUGCUCUUCAUGUGGGAAGAGUUUCAGUCAUUUAUCUGCUCUACAGAAACAUAAGAAAAAGCAUUGCCCGAAGGUGUCUUAGUGAGCAAAGUUCACUUCCAUAACUUGUAAAUAAGCAAAAGAUGGAAUUACAUUUAAUACAGUAAUUCAAUCUAUGGCUACGUCCACAUUAAUCUGGAUACAUUUGAAAACGGUGUUUUCGUUUAAAAACGCUCUCUGUCCACACUGGCGUUUUCAGGCGUUUUCUGACGUUUCAGUGUGGAUGAGAAACUUCUAAAUUCACCUUUACUGCGCAUGCGUGAAACCUCACAAAAGCUCACCGAGAUGAUACAGAUGGAAAAAUAAAGUUAUCGCGCAAUUCUUCUAACAGGAUCAUUUUAUUUAGCAAAAUAUCUCCCCAUCACUGAUGCGUCCAGGUCACACUCAGUCACCAUAUGUUUGGUCUAAAACGCAACUGCUCUCCUGUAU